AUAAAUUUAGCCAAAUCAGCUUCCACUCCAUGCGUCGAUCGCUAGAUUCACUCUGCGAGUAAGCCCAAAUCAAAAGGCUACCUAUCUAUCGACGGCGAUGGCGUCGUCGAAGGCGGCGAAGGAGGUGGUGGAGUCUCUGUACGAGGCGCUGUCUCGGGGCGACUCUGCGGCAGCCGCGGCGCUGCUGGCGGAGGACGUCGAGUGGUGGUUCCACGGGCCGCGGCGGUGCCAGUACAUGCGGCGGACGCUGACGGGGGAGUCCGGCGGCGCGCGCGACUUCCGGUUCCGGCCGAGGCGGGUGGCUGAGGUCGGCCGGUGGGUGGUGGCGGAAGGGUGGGAGGGCAAGCACGCCUACUGGGUCCACGUGUGGGCCGUCGACGACGCCGCCGCAGGACGGAUCACCCGUUUCCGGGAGUACUUCAACACCGCCGUGACGGUGCAGGCGCUGGCGUCUUCGCCGGAGGCCGGGGCGGGCUCCAUCGCCGUGUGGCAGAGCCAGGCACGGGCCCGCGUCGGCGGCCGGUCGCUCCCCGGCCUCGUUCUCGCAAUUUGAUGAUCCGCUUGCUUAUUGGGCUGGGCCCAAUAACCGUUCAAUAAGCCAUUAAUUGUAGUUAGGAUCCUCUGUCCUGAAAUAUCUUUGUCCCCUUGUCGAUCAAACGGUCAUUAUAUCAUUAAGAUAUGUACAAUAUCUUCAUGAUAUACAAGACAUUCUUGAAAUAUAA